AAAAACGGGAGGGAGAGUGAUUAUUGCCUCAGUCCGCGCCAGGACCAAAGCCGUUUUCUCAGUGACUCAGUUGCAGUGGUGGGAGAGGUAGAGGAGGAAGAUUCUGGAAAAAGGGACCGGGUCAUAAAUUUUUACGAUAGGACUACGGGUAGAAUAGUUUGGGAGACAACACCCGCGUUAUAAAUACGAGUGGGACAAUCGGUUUUCUAUUCAGUCAAUGAUUUGUUACGGACUGGAAAGGAUGAUCCCGGAGUCGAUAUUAGAGAAUAAUCCCACGAUGGGACAACUAAGCAAAGAGCUUGAAGAGAAAAAAGUAUGCAGGAUAUGUUUGAUUGAAACGGAGUGUAGAAUCAGCCAGCAGUGGAAUACAGUGUUGACAACGUGCUUCACCGCUUCAUCACUAAUAGCCGAGAAACUUCCGAAGUUUGUUUGCCAGGAAUGCAGUGACUUUUUGGAGAAGUGUAACCAGUUCAAAGAAAUGUGUAGAAAAUCGGAGUUGAUCCUGAUGUCUUAUCCGUUGACCGGAACAUUGCCAAGCAGAGUGGAAGUGCCAAAUUGGCUGCGGCCAAUUACGAAGCGCAAACAAGACGCCAUCAGUGAAGCACCGGAAAAGAGAAUUUGCAGUGAACAAUGCCCAGGAACAGCAGAAGUACGACCAACCGAGGUUCUUCCGAUCGAUUGCACCCUUCAAUCACCAACGAUAACGUCAGAAAUUGGUGUAACGCCUGAGAAGACACCAACAGAAGCUCUGCCUAACAUGGAAGUUCCUAUCACGGUGAAUCAGUUGCAACAGCCCUUAAAUCCAAAUCAAUCAACAGUGAUACAGCAAAUGCAGACCUACGUUACGACAUAUCAGCAUCCUGCACCUCAGUAUCAAUAUCAACCUCAAACGCUCUACGUGCCACCUGUUCAGCAGAACAACAAAUUUCCACUACUUCAACAUCAAUUGCAACAACCGGUGAUAAAAAAUGGCGUCAAUCAGCAAGUAUUGAUUCCGCUAGUCAACCCGAACCAGCAAGCCCAACAAAUUGUUCCUCAACAAAUUCCAACGCUACAACCCUACCAACAACCAUCACAGCAACCCAUGUCAACGUUCAAACCGCCGCAACCAUCUCUCGCUUACCAAACGAUUCAACCGAGCCGGCAUCCAGCAACGCAGCAACCCGCACAACCAUCGUGCAACUCGUCCACCACGGCAGUGGUCCAGUGCAAAGCCUGCGCCUAUCUGUUCGCCAGCCGGCACCAUCUGGUGGCGCACAUGCGCAAACAUCUCGGCAGUGCCGAGUAUCGGUGCGCCUGCGGGCGCCACUUCCACCAAAUGCACGCAUACGUGAACCACCUGAAGCAGCACAGUACCAUUUCCUGGUGCGACCUGUGCGGGAAGCAGUUCCCGGUCCAGAACGCCUGGGAGUUGGGGGCCCACCUGGACCAGCACGUGCACACCGGGCUGCACGAAGCGUGCGACUUUUGUCCGCUGGUGUUCGUGGACCUGCAGAGCCGGCUGCAGCACGUGCGCACCAAACACGAGGAGGAACUUCGGCAGCUAAUGCAGCUGAACCGGAGCAAACACAAAGGGGAUGGGGGGUGGAUUUAGUUAAGGGGUUAAUAAACGUAAGAGAUGCUUUAUGUACAAACGUAUUUGUUAGGCUUGUGAGUGCGGUGGAUCUAUGAUGACAUUCGUGAUCGAGAGAUUUUUUCUUCGGGGAUAUGAACUACAAACCUUUUUAAUAAAAUGUCAACAAUUUUAAGAAAAACAAAAGCAAAUAUCAAAACAAAACCAAUCAACAAUGAAUCACUUGAAA